UCUUCUCAUUUUCUGGAGACCGCCACAACAAAACCCUCCUCUCUUUCGUCUCUGAAAAACCCUAGCGGUAAACAAAAAAUAAAAGAAAGCUCUCUAAACCCUAAUUCCUGAUUUGAUUACUGCAGAAUCUCAGAAAACAUCAAUCUCAAAUCUAUUCUACUGAUUGAUUAGUUAUUGUUUGUUAUUAUGAAGAACAAAAUAACGAAGAAGACAACAACAAAUGUAAAAAAGAGCAGGAAAAAUCCAUUAAAACUAGAACAGGAUUCAUUCUUUAGUCACGAUUCAAAGAGAAGAAAGAAGUUUCAGAGUGACAAUGGUAUUAUUGAAAGUGACGACAGUGAUGAUAAUCAAGUAGAUGAAGAAGAUGAUGAAAAAACUAAGUAUGGUAGAGAUAAUGAAGAAGAAGAGGAUGAAUAUGCUAAUGAAACUGCCGAUGAAAGAAAACAUAGAGUUGCUAAGGCAUAUUUAGAGAAUAUUAAAAGGAUUGCAAAGGAACAGAAAGAAGAUGAUGAUGAUGAAGAGGAGGAUAGUGAUGAAGAAGAACAGACAGGUAUAAGGAAAUCGGUUACUGAGUUGCUUCAGCAGAAACAGCUUGAAGAGAGUGAUCGAGUGCGGAAAUUAUUCGCCGCCAGGGUUCAAAAGCCAGAAUCUCAUGACGAAUUUCGAUUAAUAGCGAGACACGGUCAGUCUGUCACUGCUAUAGCUCUGGCUGAUGAUGAUUUGACAGGCUUUUCAGCCUCUAAAGAUGGAAGCAUUAUUCAAUGGGAUGUAGAAAGUGGGAAAAGUGGUAAAUAUGUGUGGCCAAGCAAAGAAAUCUUAAAUUCGCAUGGUGCAAAAAAUCCUCAAAAUCCUGCCAAAAAAGCAAGUAAACAUGUUCUCUCAAUAGCUGUUAGCUCUGAUGGUCGAUAUUUGGCCACUGGGGGCUUGGACCGCCAUGUUCACUUAUGGGAUACCCGUACACGACAACACAUUCAGGCAUUUCCGGGUCAUAGAGGCCCUGUAUCAUGUGUGUCUUUUAGACAAGGAGCUUCCCAGUUAAUUUCUGGGUCAUAUGACCGGACAAUCAAGUUAUGGAAUGUGGAAGAUAGAGCAUACAUGGACACUUUAUUUGGUCACCAAGGUGAAGUUUUGACAAUUGACUGUCUUCGGAAAGAACGUGUACUGUCUGUGGGACGUGAUCGGACUAUGCGCUUAUUUAAGAUAGCAGAGGAGUCUCAGCUACUUUUUCGUGCUCCAGCGGCGUCUUUAGAGUGUUGUUGUUUUAUUAGCAAUGAUGAAUUUUUGUCGGGAUCAGAUGAUGGAAGUAUUGAGCUUUGGAAUCCAAUGCGGAAAAAGCCUGCAUUUAUUGUAAAAAAUGCACAUCCGGUAUUGGCUUCUCAUGAUGAGUCAUCUAUAAAAGAUAACAGAAUUCCCAAUGGAGAUGACACGGCAGGAAAUGGAAAUAUAAAAGCUCAAGGUCUCUGUUCAUCUGUGCGAUCUUGGGUUGGUUCAGUCGCUGUGUCUAGAAGCAGUGAUCUCAUUGCAUCAGGAGCUGGUAAUGGUUCAGUGCAUCUAUGGGCAGUUGAUGGUGAAGCCAAAACCAUCCGACCCUUGCAUGAUCUUCCACUUGUCGGCUUUGUAAAUUCCCUAGCAUUUGCAAAAUCUGGGCGGUUCCUUCUAGCUGGAGUUGGGCAGGAGCCGCGGCUAGGAAGAUGGGGACGUAAUUCAGCAGCUCGCAAUGGUGUUCUAAUUCAUCCCCUCAAGCUAUCCGAAUAGAGUAUUUUAUAUUAGAUUAUGAAGGCAUCCAUUUUUGACUAGUCUGGAGUUAUAAGAAGAAAAAAUUUAAGCCAGAGGGAAUUCCCCAAUUUUGCAGGACAAAAAGAUAAUUGUAGUUGUCAGGUAUUUAUAUUGGGUUUUAAUUGUAUUUGUUACUUCAUCAUCUGGUGUUCCCCUACCCGGAAAUAUUAUUGUACAAGUAUUUACAUUACUUCAAUUUUUCUUUAGUGAACUGUUUCAGGUGCAAACCACUAAAAUUUAAAAAGCUAGUAUACUGA